GUGUAAUUAAAAUUCGUCGCCUACAGCCUCGUGCAGUCCGGAUAAUCGACUCCCCCGACUUCCCCGAUACGGAGUUUUAACCGCUACAUUGGUUUAUCCGUUUCAUAUUCUUCUCAAUCACUAACAAGAUGAUUUUUGCAUCGGACCAUCCUCGUCUUAACAUUCCCACCACCCACUCCAUCUGGGACUUCUUGUUCGACUCGGAGUAUUCAUGCCUUGAUCGAACGCCCGCGGCUGAACUGGCCGGAUUCACCAAUUCUGUAACCAAAGAGCGAGUCCGGUACGAUGCGCUCAAGGACUACACCACCUACCUCUCGACGGCUCUCGUGAAGAAACAUGGCCUCCAGCCCGGCGAAACGGUAGCUUUGUUCAGUCCCAACACCAUCUGGUAUCCGGUAGCCAUGCUGGGAACUAUCCGUGCAGGUGGGAUCAUUUCCGGCGCAUCGCCAGCGUACAAUAUCGAGGAAAUGACCUAUGCACUGAAGACGGCGCAGGCUAAGAUUCUCAUGACGGUGCCGUCGUCCAUGUCGGUGGCUAUUCCUGCUGCGCAGAAUGCUGGUAUUCCUAGAGAGCGGAUCUUUCUGCUUGAGGGUGACCAUGAGGGGUAUACGAACAUGCAGCAAUUGCUGGAGAUGGGCAAAAGCUAUGGUUCGGAUCAGACAGCGGUGUUUAAAAUUCCCCAUGGAAAGACGAAUCGUGAUGUUUGUGGGUUUUUGAGCUUUAGUAGUGGUACUACUGGGCUUCCUAAAGCUGUGAUGAUCGCCCAUCAUAACGUUAUUGCUCAAUGCAUGCAAGUCCAACAAGUGACGCCGUCGGAUUAUAAGAAAGCACUCGCCGUAUUGCCUCUUUUUCACAUCACCGGUCUCGUACACCAAAUGCACCUACCCGUCCUCCUCAACAUCGAGGUCGUUAUGAUACCCUCCUUCACAAUGGACAGCAUGCUGGAAGCCGUUUCCGAGUACAAGAUCUCAGACCUUCUCCUUGUCCCUCCACUCGUCAUCCGAUUGGUGCAUGACUCCACUACCUCAAAGUACGACCUCUCACACAUAACGCGUUUUACCUCAGGCGCCGCGCCUAUCUCCGGCGAACUCAUACAAAAGCUCGAAAUCAAAUUCCCCCAAACUGGCUUCAAGCAGGGAUACGGCAUGACAGAAUCCUGCAGCUGCAUCACAACUCAUCCCCCGGACAAGCAGUCGUACACUUACGCAGCGCGCGUGGGUACCAUUGUCGCUAAUACGGAUGUCAAGAUAAUCGACGUUGAUACUGGCAAGGAGCUUGGCUACAACGAGCAGGGUGAGAUUCUCGCGCGUGGACCGCAAAUCACGAUGGGUUACCUGAGCAAUGAGAAAGCAACCCGGGAAACAUUUGAUGCAGAUGGCUGGCUGCAUACGGGUGAUGUGGGCUAUAUCGACCACGAAGGCUUUAUCACGAUCACGGACCGCAUUAAGGAAAUGAUCAAGGUCAAGGGGAUUGGCGUGUCGCCGGCAGAAUUGGAAGAUCUUCUGCUAGGUCAUGAGGCUGUCGCUGAUGCUGCUGUUACUUCAACUCCCGAUGCGUAUUCCGGAGAACGGCCGAAGGCGUUUGUGGUUACAAAAGCGACUGGUCUUGAUGAAGCGGCCCUGAUGGAGCUUGGACGACAGUUGAUCAAGUACGUUCAUGAUAACAAGGUCCGGCACAAGGCCGUUGCGGAAAUGGAGUUUGUAAAGGAGAUACCUAAGAGUGCGAGUGGGAAGAUUCUACGAAGGAUGCUUAAGAACAAGCCUGUUAGUGGUUUGGUCGUACGGGAGAAUGUGCGGGCAAAGCUGUGACCCCAUAGGUGGAGGCAAAUUAGGACAGAUAUUAUAUACUUCAAUGG